UUAGUUCCAGAAUUCUGUAUUCCAUCCCAGUGCAAUCACUUACCAAAAAAAAAAAAAAAAAAAAAAAAAGUGUUUCCUGAGAAUCCAGUGGUGUGUUUCAAACUCUUAAGGAUGAAAAAUGUGCACAUCUGCACCAAGCAGUCUAUUUUAUUCACAUGUUGAUGGUCUUAAACAGGCAUAAUUGCUUCUUGUAUUCUUUACUUCUGGUAUUCUUCUGUGCCCACUGGAAAAUUUUAAGUGCCAUUUCGUUUUAUUUUUUGUUUGGUUUGACUCCUCAUAUUUAAAAUGAUAGAUUAUGCCAAGUGAAAAGAUAGCGAUACAUUUUCUUUCAAAUGAGGUUUCUCUUUCUGAAUGUACUCACCACUGUAGAAGUGCCAGCAGUACACCUGGGGAGAUGUGUGUCACAAAAGCUAGGAAAACAAAAUAUGUAUUUUAACUGUCAUCCAGGACAAGGCAGGAGUUGUAGUGGGAAGCUACAUGGCUCGUAUUUGGAAUGUGAUACCUAAAUAGUAUGUUUUAUCAGUGCUUUUGAAAAAUGAUUUAUGUAAGAAAAUUAAUUAAAGAUUCCAAGAAAUGCAUUCUUCAAAGAAAUACUGUCUUUUUGAUAACGGAAAGAAGGCAGAACUAAUUUUUGGUUCGAUAUAUUAAUAAUGAGGCCUGUAGGUACCUAGUUACAGUGUUUGUCAUUAGUGGGAAUUCUAAAAUUUGCUUGAAAUUGAGCUGAAAGGCCAUUCAAGUGUCAGUAUCUGUUCCUGUGAGCUGGGCUUAAGCAAUGAAGGUUGUAUUAAAACAGAUAGUUGCAUAUCUGCCAAAUGAAUGCCUUAUGUUGUCAGUAACAGGUGAAUUUCUGCUAUAUAAGGAAAAUGCAGUUUAAAAUUCCAGAACAAAAAAGAAGAGCGAGGAAGGAAGCUCGCAUUUGCUGUCUGUCACCUCAGUUACCAAAACUCUGCUGUGUGGUGGGCAGGGCGGUGCUGAAGUAGCAGGCUUCUGGCUAGGCAGAGAAAUUAAAAAGACACCCUUUAAAAAGCGUACAAUUCAGUAAUUCCAGUAUGAGAAACUAAACUGUAAAAUGCAGAUUUUUUUGUUUAAAGGUUGCAGCACAUAUUGACUAGGUGUGAUUCUUUGAAUUCUGCAUUUAGGGCAAGGAGACGGUCUGAGCAGAAAGUUGGAAUUGAAGGCUGUAGACUCAGGAGCUGAACAUGUCAUGCUAAUUUUUGCUGUGAAUAAGACUCAUGGCCAAAAUGUUGACUCUUCAGGAGCAUUUGGGAAAAAUACUCUUUAAAUUUCUGUUGGACUUCAAUGUAUCUCUUUUUUUGUCGUCAGAUAGGAUGUGUGACAUCUAAGAAGCUAAAGAGAUCUAUAGCCCAGUCUUUCACUGAAUACCUAGAGUAUUUUAGAGACUAAAUGUUCUCCUCCACUACACCCCCCACACCAACCUUACUUUAUUUUGAGCCUGCCCUUUGUCAGAUACAUGGAGAGACCCAAUGCUUUUGUAAACAGUAGCUUCCUGCUAUUUUAAUAAAUAAAGAAGUAAACAGUUGUAGCUUAGCUUGGAAGUGGGUCCAUGACUAAGUUGUGACCUGUCUUCGCAUUGUUAAACCUCAGCAGAACUGGAUAAGUAAUUCUUGCUAUGCAUGAUACUAAGCAUGUGAUAAGGCACCCUGUACCAUUCCAGUAGCUGCAGAGCAGGGAGAAAAUACACAAAUACUUGCUUUCAAAAAAAAUUAGAAGGAUGGAAUAGGAGACAGUUGUCACAACAGAGAUCUUGAAAGAUGUUUAACGCAACCCCAGUUAAGUACAGGUGUUUCUCAGACAAUUAGAAACUGAAAUAAUUCUAUUCUAGAUGUUUCUAGGACUGAAAUAAACCAGCAUAGAUAGGAAAAAAUUACCUUCUACGUGGUGUUUGAGUUUUUGUACUUGGUAGUUCCUGAGCUUGGGAUCUAACUGACUGUUUUGCUAUCUUUGGCAGUAUUACAGGGGUGUAUUCUCACAUGAAUGAAGUGUUCUUGAAUAAAGAACAAGGAACAAACAGGCUUUUUUUCCCUGUUUGGCAUGAGUGUUUUCUUCAGCUAACUUCUUACUUAAAGAGGGUUCCGAUGUUGCAUUCAUCUUCGGCUUUUGCUGAAUAUGUAUGAUCAUGUUUUAGAAAGCUUUGGGAGUAGUAGAACAUCUUAUUCUACCAAUAGUCUUGAAGGUGUGUGAAGAAUAACAAUUGGGGGGGUUUUGGUGGUGUGUUGUUUUGGUUUUUUUUUCUCCCCAGGUGUAAGUUUAAACAGUCAUCUUCCCACCAGUGAUUAAAAUGACAUUUAUUUUCCUGGAAAAGCUGUUUUAACAAAAGUUCUUGAUGUCUGUGUUCAUGCACUGACAGAGUUACAAGUAUAGAUUAAUAUGAAUUACUAUUGAAUGUGUGAAUAUAGGUAAACUAGAUAAACUACACUUAGUUUUAAAAGUACCAAAGUACCAAAAGUACCAAAACUGAGUUGUUGCCUUUAAGUAGGAGUUUGAUAUGUAGAAUAACGCUAGCGCACAUCCAAGUAAAGGAGUUACUGAUCAAGAUACAUUAAUUGCAUGAAGGCUACAAUGAAGACUGUAGCUGGCUGCAGUAGAAAUAUACUGGUCUGGAAAACAUUACCACCACCAGUGAAUGGCUUGAUCUUCACUCUCAACUCCAGAUGACUUGUCCUGCUGUUUGUAAGGAUGUCAUCUGUUACUGAAAAUGGGGAUGUUACUGCUGGAAAGCCAAAUGAGGAGAAAACAUAUAAAAAGACUGCAUCCUCAGCUAUUAAAGGUGCUAUCCAGCUGGGAAUAGGAUACACAGUGGGAAACCUUACAUCAAAACCAGACAGAGAUGUUCUUAUGCAAGACUUCUAUGUAGUGGAAAGUGUCUUUCUACCAAGUGAAGGGAGCAAUCUCACCCCUGCUCAUCAUUACCCGGACUUCAGAUUUAAGACGUAUGCACCUCUUGCCUUCCGCUAUUUCAGAGAACUUUUUGGUAUCAAGCCUGAUGAUUACUUGUACUCCCUCUGCAGUGAGCCUUUGAUUGAAUUAUCCAACCCAGGUGCCAGUGGGUCCUUAUUUUUUGUAACUAGUGAUGACGAGUUCAUCAUCAAAACAGUUCAACACAAAGAGGCUGAGUUUCUUCAGAAGCUCUUGCCAGGUUAUUAUAUGAAUCUGAACCAGAAUCCAAGGACUCUUCUACCCAAGUUUUAUGGGCUGUACUGUGUUCAGUCAGGAGGCAUUAAUAUUAGAAUUGUUGUAAUGAACAAUGUUUUGCCACGAGCCUUGAAAAUGCAUUUCACGUAUGACUUGAAAGGCUCCACAUACAAACGGAGAGCAUCAAGAAAAGAGAGGGAGAAGUCCAACCCUACAUUCAAAGACUUGGAUUUCUUGCAAGAUAUGCAUGAAGGGUUGUAUUUUGACUCUGAAACACACAGCGCACUAAUGAAAACACUACAGCGGGAUUGUCGGGUUCUAGAAAGUUUUAAGAUCAUGGAUUACAGUCUGCUACUGGGAAUCCACAUACUGAACAGUAACAUGAAUGAAAAAGAGGGAGAGAGUUCCCAGAGUGCGUCGGAUGCAAAACGUCCAGGAGGGCAGAAAGUUCUCUAUUCCACAGCCAUGGAGUCUAUACAGGGCCCUGGAAAGGCAGGAGACUCUGUCACCAGAGAGACAACAAACACAAUGGGAGGUAUUCCAGCUAAAACCCAUAAAGAAGAAAAGUUGCUUUUGUUUAUGGGCAUUAUUGAUAUUCUCCAGUCUUACCGAUUAAUGAAGAAGCUGGAACAUUCUUGGAAAGCUCUUGUUUAUGAUGGGGAUACUGUUUCAGUUCACCGACCAAGUUUUUAUGCAGACAGAUUUUUAAAGUUUAUGAGUACAAGAGUUUUCAAGAAAGUUCAAGCUUUAAAGUCUUCACCUUCAAAGAAACGGUGCAAUUCCAUCACGGCUCUGAAGGCAACAUCACAAGAAAUAGUGUGUGCCAUUAGCCAGGAGUGGAGGGAUGAACAGCAUGGCAUUCUUGCUGAAGGACAAAGCUAUGCCAGCCUUGAUGAAGAAGUACUAGGUUCGCACCACCGGCCAGAUCUAGUGCCGAGCACUCAAUCUCUGUUUGAAGCGACUUCCCUGGCAACCACAAUUUCUUCUUCUUCUUUGAAUGUUGAUGAGCAUUGUCAACGUGAUCAACCUAUGCUCUUUUCUAGCAGUAAGAGCUCUUUGCCUUCAAGUUCAACAUUCACUUUAGAAGACAGUGCCAUCUAUUUGACUUCAGAACAGAGCACACUGGAAACAGAAAAUGAUAAUGCUUCAGUUCUGGAUGUCUACUUAUAACAAAGAGUACACAAAGAGUAAAACUAAGAGACGUGACCAAGGUUAAUGAAGAGCACUUUCUGCACUCCUCAUUUAAGAAGGAGGAAUUUUCUGAGCCUAACAGACGAAGAGUAAUAAUCAACUGGAUUUAUUCUAAGAAGUGUCAGGAUCUUUGAAAGGAUUGAUGGACUUGGCAAAAAUGACAUGAAACAUUCCACACUGCUAUCAUCCACUGUUGCUUGCUGAACUGUGAAGAACUGUGUAUUCAGGCUGCUUUCUACUAUAUUGCCAAUCACCUUUUAUGGACUUGGAAGUGAUAUUUUCUUAUCAGCUCGCUAGUGGUUUCAUUUGCAUGCAUUCUGUAACUAUGCACAAGCAAAAUUUAUUGUCUGCUUUACCUAUAAAAAAUAAGCACAGUGAUUAAUAAAAUUAAUUUCAUUAGUUUUGAUCCUUCAGUUCUAAUCACCUAGGUCCACAUUAAUGGAAAUUGGAAUCUAUGUCAUACAAGGGUUAGGGUAAACCUCUGCACGUGCUAUAUGAAAAUGAGCCUCUAAAGAAACUUUCACUGCUGGUGAAAAGGAGAAAAAAAAAAAGUUAUUUAUAACAAGGCCUUAUGUUGUGUAUAUAUAUUGCCUUUGAAAUAUUUUUGAUUUUAGUUUAUUUCUUGUAAAAGAGAAAUUAUAUAAUUUAUUUAGCAAAUACUACUGUAAACUAUAGUUUUAUUGAUGAAUAAAAUAUUUUGUUCUCAAAACUA